AUGGUCUCUAACCGAGAAUCCGCAAGGAGGUCACGUAUGCGCAAGAAGAAGCAGAUCGAAGAGCUGCAGCAACAAGUGGAACAGCUCAUGGUAUUGAACCAUCACUUGUCUGAUAAAAUCAUCAAUUUGUUGGAAAGCAACCAACAGAUCCUGCAAGAGAACUCACAGCUAAAAGAGAAAGUCUCUUCCUUUCACUUGCUCAUGGCAGAUAUGCUAAUACCCAUGAGAAAUGCGGAUGGCAGCAUCAAUGACCGCAAUGCGAAUCAUCUCAGAGGAGAAACAUCGAACCGGACCAGCACUUUGUUUGGUAAGUAA